AUGUCUCUCGUGUGGUUUCUCAUAAAGACCACUGCCAGAACGAACAGCGAGGAGAUUGUGUGGCGCGAUAUCAUCCGCGAGAGUCACUUGCUCUCGUACGAACGAGCUCUCAGGUCCGGUGGUUCCAUCAAGGAGUCCAAGCCUAUGAAUUUACUGGUCGACGUUGUCCACACCAAGCUGUUGGAGUAUGGCUGCGUGCCUGGAGUGACUGUCCUACAUUUUGACGGUGCCGCCUCGGAUCAGAAGUUUGCGACUCGCCAAGCUCGUAUGGGCGACCGCCAGACUCUGGCCAGGCAGGUUGAGGGACUGCUCGACCGAGUGGAUGCCAUUCUGGAACCCCGGCUACAAAUGGACAUUGACCGGUUGUACACUCGAAGUACAAGACAAAAGAUCACCCGGCUGUCAGGCAAAAUUAAGGCUCGAUUGUCGUUUGUCCAAGUGCUGUCGUCCGAUGUCAUGGGAUUGUUCAAGAACGACCUCCGAAAAUUUGGGUGGACGGUGCAUGAUUGUUUGGGCGAGUCAGAUGUGUGCAUCGCCCGCAAGAUGGUCCUUCUCGGAAAUGAUCGCAAGAACAAGAGCCAUUUUCGCGAGUUUCACAUGGGUCCUAUUCUCAACCGUCUUGAGGCAUCCCUCGUCGUGUGGAAGACCGCUGCGGCGGUCUCCACUAACGACUAUUCCAAAAGCGUCUCUGGUCUCGGCUUCAGGAAGAAUCUGGACAUUCUAAAGUCGAUACCCGAGGCCGAGUACCUGACCGACGUCGACGGCGAAGCCUCUCCUGCGGCUAUGGACAAGUUACUUGGACUUUACUGCCACCACCCGGAUGUUCUCAGCAAGGUCGACGGCUGCUUUCUGAGCCCCAGCUAUUACAAGCACGCUAGCGACGUCUUCUUCCACCAACAUGAGGAUUUUACUCAUGAACAAGUCCCUUUCACCAACGACACCGGCGACCGCAUUGCACAGCAUCUCACAAAGGUGGCGGAUUACCUUCAAGCCUAUCGCGAUUGUCACAACGCCGUGGCUACAGGAAUUCGCGCGGAGAUGCAAGGUCCCUUUCCGUUCGGUCUUCCACCUGGGCUGGGUGGUUCGCCUUUCAAAAGACGCCCUGUCGAUCUGUCCUUUGUGAAGAGGGUUCAGCGAUCAUCCUUCAUUUCUGCCACCAAACAUCCUACUAUCCCCCAAGAUCGGCCAGCACAGCAACAACAACCAACACAACAAGCUGCCGCUCUCGCUGCCGCCCCCACUGGCCCAGGAACAGCAAUAGGCGGCAAUCAUUUUUUGACGGAUGGUGCAAUGUGGACCACGUCCAUACCCAUCCCUGCCUCGGGCACCAUGGGUCUCCCUCCUGGUCUUGGAGGGUCACCUUUUGUUGGUUCACUGUCAUCGUUGGACCCCAGCCCAGGUUUGGCUGAUCCGCAGAGACCAAGGCGAAAACGAUCAAAGUGCAGACAGAAGCGCAAGAAGAAGGAGGGCUGCCUGGAAGAAGGUCUACGCACCAACAGUAUUGGGUCUCUCUCGGAUCACGCCACGAUCGUCAAGGAUGUCUACGCCUGUUUAAACGAGGCCGUGCGUGUCAUCACAGACCUCAAACGACUCGUGCAGCUGGUGAUAUUCUGUUACACCGCCAAGGUCAUCACUGAACACCCCGACCCAUUGAACGCUAAUGACAGGGAGGCAUGCAACGCCCGCCUCCGGUUCAUCGGUGUUAGGUCGGACUCGGACUUUAUCUACAAGCUGGUCAGCGAUAUUUUCAAUUGGCACAAACAGCUACCCAACAACCCUCGAGCCAAUGAAGGAGCAGGAGUGGCCUACGCGAUUGAAGCCAUCCAACACUUUCAGUUGGUCGUCUGCCGUUCCUCUCACCAGAUGCCGGAUUUAGAUGAAAACAUCGAUCAGAUCAGUCAAGUCUUUCCGGGCGUCCGCGAUGCCAUCAGCGACACUCUCAGGACGUACUUCACGACCGAUAUCAAGGAGUUACUGGAGCGACUGAGAGAGUCCAACCGGGUAUGGUGCGAAUCGCCCACUGGUGGAAAACCUAUCCUAGAUACAAUCGACAUCGAUGCAGGCACCAGCCCAUUAUACCGACCUUCUUAUCUUUUCUGGAUCCUCAACUCCCGGCUCCCUGCCUCCAAGCAGUUCAAGUUUUUUUCCAGAGUCAAAGUUCGGCGAUCAGUACAUCACACUCACCGAGCAGAACAUCUUGGAUAUUAUCUCCCAUGGACCGAGCUCCCCAACGACCAAGGAGACUUUCAGAACCAUAUUCACCCCCACGACCAGUCAUCAAGGAGAGAUGAUACACCGCCUUUUUUCAGCAGCAAGAUCGACUACCACAAGUCAGUUUGUCUUCUCAACCCCUCGACGAUCGUCCGUCACUCGUUCAAGCCUCGAGCAUUCUUCGAUUUUUCGUUGACCGACAGAAUCAAGUACGAGAGGUUGUUGCAAGACUCCAUUCGGGCGACCGGCGAUGAGGUGACUUCCUCCUCGGAUGCGCUACAGGCUUUUAUCAAGGACCAUUUGAGGACUCCAGAGGAGUACCGUCGUCUUGGAGAGAUCGAUCGAGCCCGUUAUUAUGGUCGAAGGAGAGAGUUGACGGGCACCAUACAGACGAACGGACACGAUUUGAAGGCUCUUGUCAUUGAUGUCACCCAGAGAAAGCCUUUUCAAGAUCUGCCCAACCAGUCCAGGACCACAAGAAUGCUGUUGGACGAUGUGGAGGUGGCACUGGAAACGAGGCUGAUGUUGUUGGCAAGCACGGCAACGGCGGUCAUUAUGGAUUCGAGGAACCCCGGGGUAGUCAAGAACAUGACAAUCUCCCAAGGGUCUUUGAAAGAGUCAGCUAAGCGGCUCAAUAGAGUCACCGCCGGUAUGAAGCGCAAUGCCAAGGUUGUCCACCAAUUGAAGAGGAACGACCUCUCUGGCACCGUGAUGACGAUUACUCGACUGGAGGCUCAUAUUGUUCCAUGCAAGACGCCUCCGAUGCCCUCCAACGGUACCCGGCAGCAGCAGCACGAGUCGUGGCGCACUCUGCAGACCUCCGUUGAGAACCAUGUCGUUUCCGUGAUCGACGUUCAGGAGCCUCUGCGAAAGUUCUAUGGAUCGGCGUCCUACAAGAUCAAGAAGAGGAACCUAAAGGUUGCCGAGUAUGCCAUCAAGCACAAGGGCAUCGACAGGAUCAUGCAGGAGACAGGAUGCACCGACAGAUGGCAGCCAGGACAAGUCAGACCGCUCUUUAUUGUCGGAGACAAUCGAGGCUCGGAAUAUGAUUAUUAUGUGCGCGGACGAGUAUCGGACCAGUGUGACGUGCUGCCAGUGCAUGGAGCUUGCGACCUUGAGCAGGAGGCUAUCAGCUUCUAUAGAUGUGGCCAGGAACGCGAUCGGGACCACAAUGCAGCACACAAUAUCGCACAGGCAACACUGCAAUGGAUGAGAACCCAGACUUGGCCGUCCAUCCUGUCUCGCGAGAGUCAACAAGAUAAUGAGGAAGAUCAAGACCCUUGA